AUGAUCCCGGCUACUCAGAGACCAGACGGUACAUGGAGAAAGGCACGCAAAAUUCGGACAGGGUUCAACUCGAGAUCCGGAGGGGCUACCCGCUACGUUCCGCCAGCGUUCCGAACCCCCACGGGUGGUGGUGAUGGCGGCGGCCCAGCAGCAGGUCACACCCGAUCACUGGGCGAAAUCAACGCAGACGAGGGCAGGCGCGGCACACCGCGAUUCCUGGGCGCGGCCCUCUUCCUGCUAACGGCAGCGUCCGGGUCCCCUGAGCUCUCUCCACGACAACCCGGUGGACUUGGCGAUGCAGAGGCUGCGGCGGACCCUGCUGCUGCUGGUGGUGGUGGUGACGUAGCGAGCGGUCGCGACAAGUCUAGAAGCGGUGCCGACAGGACAGGUGGUAGCACCGAGAGCGGCAACGACGACCGGCGGCAAGAAGCGGGGAGUCGCGACAUCGGGAUGAGCGACGAUGAUUGGUGGACCAGGCUACGGCUGUCCCAGCGGAGCAGCCGGCUCGCGAGAGAGAGCUCCGAGAGCGAGGACCCGGCAACCACCACGAAGAAGGAAAAAGGAAAGCCUACUGGAGAAGACGGUGCUUGGGUCGGACUCGAGCUCCGACUGCGACCGAGCGACGUCUCGUACGACGAAGGCCAGGCCGCGAUUGUCGACUUCUUGAAAGGGAGGGUCGGGGACCAGGCAGUCCCGGGGGAGGGGAGGGAAGGCGCCCCGCAGCCUGCAGAAGAUUCGCGGGGACCCUCUGCGCGCGCGGAGGUAGAGCCGCCUCCCGCGCCUGCAGCGGCGCACAGGCCAACAGGAGGGGAAGGAGGAGGAGGAGGAGGAGGAGGAGGACCGAGGGAGCUCGAAAGCAAUCACGAGCGCGAGAGAAGAGCACCAGAAGAGCAGCAGCCGGAGGACGACGAACAUCUCCGCCGAACAGCAGGAGGAGGCGGAGGAGCGUCGACGGUCCUGGUGGCCGUGCUUGUGUUCGGCGCGGAGCUCUCGAAGCGGGACCGCGCGGGUCUGCACAGCCAGGCAGAGAAGGCCGGCGGGGUCGCGAACUCCAGCCACGGGGUCGGGGAGGGGAGAUUCUUGGCCCUCGCUUGCCGGCUCGGGGGAAAUGCAGGGGCCGUCGAGCUCGAGCUUUCUCCGGAAAAGGCGGAGUUGGCAAGGAGCCUGUUUCGACUCGCUCAGCAGGAGUACCAUUCUCGGUUCGAGUGCUUGAGCCACCGGGAGAUCAGAGAGGUUGUCGCUGAAGGAGGCCCUACCGCCGAAGCCCACCCGGACCUCUUCAAGCUCCUUGAAAAGAAGCAGCAGCCGCGGCAGCGACAGCGACAACGACAGCGACAACCAGAUGUCGGUUGUACCGACCGACUGGACAACACCGCCAAGAAGGCAGCAGGCGACGAGCCCGAGGCAACGGAGGCGUUUUUCCGGGCGUCGUCGCAAGGUUCUUUCGGGGAACGCGGUGCUACCGCUACCGUUACAGAAGACGCAACCCAGCAACAAGAGCAUCAUCAAUGUGGUGGUGGUGGUGGUGGUGGUGGUGGUGCAAAGCCGGCGGCGUUACCACUACAGGAGAGUGAGAAUUGCGCAAAAGGAGCGGCGGACUCUCCUCCGAGAGGGGAAGACCUCGAGGAGCGAGAGUUGGCGGAGCAAGGGAGGGAGGGGGGCAACGAGCCAUUUCUCCCUGUCGAGAAAUGUCCCUGGUAG